AUGCUAAUUAUAAAGUCACAGUUUGCAAUAGCAUGGAAUAGGCAAUUAGCCUUUGCAGCGGCAACAUUGUCAUCCCAACCAGCAAUUUGGCUUAAGGUGGAGGUGGGGGAUAUGAAUAGUGGUAGGAAAAUGGGUAGGAGAAGCACCUGUUACAGAGCUGUGCGAGAAAGAUUGGCUAGUCCUAAGGACCUAGUAACACUACUGAGUUUGAAUGAUCACCCCCUCCCCUGUACCACGCAUUUAGACUGCACUGCCAGGAACAAGAUGAUCUUAAUUCCAACUGGGCGAAGAAAUGAAAAAAAAAAAAAAAAGAAUCAAUAAAUUUUUCCUGUUUUAUCCACCUCAAUUCACUCAAGUAA